GCUUAAUUCAAUAAUCGAAAUGAAAACAGAUGGAGGAAGGGUAGUGUGUGGCCCCGGCCACGCGCUGCCCUUCCUCGCGCCAGCUCGGGAAGAGGACACUUGUGGGGGCUGCUGAUGUUCAGCCACGGAAACCCAUGCUGGAGGAUGCGCAGCAACGCGCUGCCGCUGCAAGAAGGGAGAAGUUUUAUAUAAGCGCCUCUGUGUGUCUGAACCACUUAGAGACCGCAUCUAGUUUAUAGCCUGUUCACAGGCACCCACGAUCAUAUUGACUAACACACACAGAGGCUAGGCUCGACCGGGUGUGUAUGUAGGCCUUAGUAGGCUUAGAAAAUGCCCAAGAUCUCCCAUAUCGCCCCCUGUAGAUAAAACGCGUGUUUGUAUGCGGCGAUGAAAGUCCACGGCAUAACGUGGAGACCCGUGGCACUAGAAUAAAUAUGUAUGACCCGACAGCUGCUGAUGUUGAAAUGCAGGGGUAGUAGAUAGCUUUGUCUGUGCGCUUCUGAAACAAGUUCGUAAGAUCCAAGGAGCAAAAAAGAGGAAAAGUUAACAAACCACAGACGCCGUGGAAAAAAAAAGUAGCUGCAGGCGGUAGUACACGUCACCAAUAUAAAUUCCAAGUCCAACAACACUGCAGCGCGGGAUUCAGGCAUGCUCUACAUUGUAUUGCUUUCUCGUACUACGCAUGGGUCUGGGGUUUUUACAUACAUAGUGGCGUCGGUAGAAUUCGGUGGUUACAGAUCAUACUUGUAGCGACUGGUAUAUAGCACAGGGUUUAGGGCAAAGGCGUGUUUUCACGUCAGAGAGGCGACCACACUGCUCUCUUCUAGUCGUGUGCCAGGUUGCGAAAAGAUGUAAACCCGCUCCUGUCUAUCGAGGAAUUGAGUAAGAGGCAACGCCAAUCGCCACCUAAUUCAUGGCACAACUGCCAUACUACACGCCGCUCGCGGUGGAUACCUGGGACGCUGCCAGGUGGAAAAGAUUCCUCUUCUACCUCGCCCACUCGAUCGCGGACUUCCUCGGAAUUACCCCCGAGGCGUAUAAAGCCUUGGCAGAGGCGAACGGGCUCGCAAAGGACGAGCGCUACAUGCUAGCUUUCAGCGAUUCACUUCUGGCCACGCGGGACCCCUGGACCGCUGCUGUAAAAACCAAGCGCCGGGCGGCGCAAAACUGGGUAGCGCUUACGGGCGACUGGAGGGCUACGAGGUGGAUGACAACGCCACCACUUACCGCUACUGCCGGCGUAUCACCCGGCCAAAAGGAGUGCAUCCGGGAAAUGCAAAGCUCCGAUAUCAAGCUACGCGCAAAACUACAGCAGGUGGAGGCCAGGGCGCCAGGCCCCUGGCGCGACGAAUACGGGUUGAAGACCGUCGUGCCCUCGAGGUGCGACAUCCUUGAGGCGGUAAUGAUGCAUAAACGCCUCGUGCCCGACAUCGAUUGGAAAAAUGUGCCGGAGCCGGCAGAAGUAAGUGAG